AUGUUUGUGCCUGCUUUCAUGGUGGCUAGCCAAAUAGGAUGGUAUAUGUUAGCGCUUAAGUUAGUUACGACUUUAGCAAUAAAGGCGUUAUUAGUAGCAAAAUUAGCCUUUUUUGUGGCAGCUAUAAUCACAAUUAAAAAGUUUAUUUUAGAACCAAUGCACGUCAGUCCAGCGGCUCCCUUCUACGACAACAUUGAACCAUUCAUGGUACCGUAUGAUUUUCCAACAUUUACACAGCAUGACUUACAUCCAUUAUCAAUUGCCCAUUUAGGACAUGAAACAUCCAUUCCAAGCGCUUCAGCAAUACAUCCAUCAAAUCCUAUCGCUGCUGAAAGCUCUCUUAGUACAGUGACAGAACAUAGAACAGGAAUAUCGAAUGCUUCUACAAUAUUGACUAACAGCAAAGACCUAAAGAGAUCGGAUUUUUCAACAGGUAGACGGCCAUUAUAUUACAACUACUACAUAAAAGCCCCGUUUAAAAUAUAA